AUGUUAUUAACCAAUGCAGAGAUGUUAAAACAUGCAGUAGAGGUUUAUACCCCAGAGGUUUUUGAAUUGUUUCAGAGAGAGUACAUGAGUUGGGGCAAUUAUUGUAUAUAUAAAGUUGGUAAAGUUGGGAUGACAUCUGAGUACAAAGUAUCUUCUGUUGGCAAAUCUAGAGAGCAUUUGGUCAAAUUUAAGGGUUCAACAGAAACAGUCACGUGCAGUUGUAUGAAGUUCACUUUUGUUGGCAUACUAUGCGCACAUGCAUUGAAGGUGUUAGAUAAGAAAAAUAUCAAAAGAAUUCUGUCUCAAUACAUCAUGAAGAGGUGGACGGGAGAUGCCAAAGCUAGAAGUAUCAUUAAUUAUCAUGUGAUCAAGUCUAAUGAUAGUCCAAAGGAGUCUAUGGGAAAGCGUUAUAGUAAUUUGUGUCGCAAUUUUCGUGAGAUUGCAACUUUGGCAGCAGAACAUGAGAAGCUAUCUGCAUAUGCACAUGAACGUUCUAUUCAAUUGCUUAAGGAUUUAGAGUUAAUGAAGAAAACACUUUCUCUAGAUGAUGGAAGUAUCGGGGAUCCACUUGCCAAUUAUGUGGCAAAAGAAGUUUAUGGGGUCAAAAAGAAAGCCACUGUUGGAAGUCCACGGGGUCGACUGAAAAGCUCACUUGAAAAACGGAGGCGUAAAUCACACAUUAAAUCGACCACAACACCUAUGAGUCAACACGUAUCCAUUAAGGGUUCUACACUCAAUAGUGGUAAUUCAUUCGAGCUAAGUGAUGUUGGAUGUGGAAUUCAAACCGCUGAUGUUUUGACUCAAAGUUGA